AUAGUAACAUCGUGUACGGCUACGAUUUGCACAAAAUCCAAUCGGAGAUCACUUGUGGAGUGGAGACAUCGAAAGCCUUUGACUGCACAAAACUGCUAACAAGGAUUGUUUCAGAAUCCAAACAGGGUGUUGUCUGUGAGAUGUUGAAGCAAGUAAUAUGGAAUUUGAGGAAAAGGGUAGUUUCAGAUUCUGGAGAUAAACUUAUUUUGCCUUGCAUGUACGUGCCCACCAGUUCUUUUCAUGCUGGACAGGUUCAUUGUUCACAAAAAAGUUUUUUUGGAGUAGAGGAUUUUCUUGACGAUGAUAAUAGCAGGCCGUACACUUAUCAGAAAGAAAAGAAGUCGAAGAAUCCGAACAAGCAUGUCUCAUUCAAACAACAAACUGAAGCCUACAUGGAACCGUUUACACUCGAUGUCUUCAUCUCAAAGCGCUUUGUUUCCGCUUCGGUUACACAUAGGGUGACAUGUAAGCAAGUUGCAGUUGCAGGCACAAACUCAAAGGACAUUAAAGCAGUACUGAGAUCCAGAUCGGACAUUCCGGCUUGCUUGGCGAUCGGGAGGAUAUUGGCCGAGAGAGCGAGAGAAGGCGAUGUGUAUACAGCUUCUUAUACUCCCAGGGAGAGGGAUAAAUUUGAAGGCAAAAUCAGAGCUGUGGUUCAAUCCCUCAUUGAUAAUGGAAUUGAUAUUAAAGUUUAUCUUGAUUGAAUAAAUUUAUCUUUACCUUUUGUGAAAAUGCUUGACUGUUGUAUUUCAUAAAGUAGAAAUUUGAAUGUGCAAGCCUAUUGUUGAGCUUUAGUAAUCGAGUUUGUAAACAACAUACCUAUACUUUCAAAUUAUUAGGUUUUGCUCCAAAAA